AUGCCUAUUUGCAUCGAGUGCUCCUAUCCAGUCUCUCACCUGUACAGCGCCUACAGUCGUGCCGAUGACCGGUCCCAAGGCAAGGGUGUGCGACUAACGCAAUGCCCGCGGUGCCAGCGGUUUGCCGACAAAUACGUUGAAUACGACUUUGUCGUCCUCUUCAUUGACUUAGUGCUAAUUAAGCCCCAGGUAUAUCGACAUCUCCUCUUCAAUCGGCUCGGGCGAGACGAUAAUCAAUUCGAUCGGUCCAUAAUUCGCCUAGGAGUUCUUCUGCUUCUCUUCGACGUCUACCUGACCUGGGCACGCAUCGAGAAGGACCCAUCCCUCGCAACAACCUUCCUGUCACGCGCUCCUAUCAUUGUCCAAUACCUCUUCUUCCUCAGCUUGAAUGCAGUCGCAACUCUCGCGCACCACCUCACCGUGCGCCUUUUGGCCUCAAUCCUGAUCCCAAAGUCGCGCCGAUACAGCGGACCAGACAGCAGCAGCAAUACGUACACCAAUCCUAGCACAAAAACUGCUGGAGAUGCCACCCCCUUCCCCUCCGGCCCCCCAACGCAACCCUCCCCAUCCGGAGUGCCGAUAAACCAACACACCCAGAACGCCCCCGCAAGCCUACUUUGCCCAACUGCAAACCCUAGCUCAUGUAGCGAGGUCGCCUCACCAACCGACCUAUCCCCACCACCGCAAGGCACGUCAAUGGGACCAUCACCCCGACCUGCGCCACCCCUGCGCCGAGCAUCAACAGCCCCGCUUCAGAACAUCCAGCCCCUACCCCCUCCAACAGCCGCAAGCCCAGCAGCGAUCAGCACCGCCCUGCUAGUCAGCAGCUGCGCAAAGCUCUUCCCCAUCCUGCUGGUAAUCUGGGGUGCUGACGGGAGCGGCAGCCUCUCCGACAUCCCAGCGCACAGUCACACAGCAGCACAAACCCGGUCCCCGACGCAGCCGGCGACGAUGUUCAGCGCGGUGCACCAGAGCCUGCUCACCACAACCACGCAAUCCUCUUCCCUCCUCUCUGCGAAAGCGGCUAUAUCUACUCCGCCUUCAACUUCAGUCCGUUCUUCUUCGUUCCUGGAAUCGUGGCUGGCUGCCACGGCUUCUUCGCUUCGAACUUCUACGCCGACUAGUUAUCUGACGGGGCUUUUUGACUUGCUUGCUUCGUUGCUUUCUCUUGGUGUUGUUGAUACGCACCUGGUGCUUCUGAGUAAUAUCGAGGCUUUGUAUAUCUUACUUGGCUGUGGGUAUCUGCGUGCUGUUGCUGUUGCUGUUGCGGGCCAAAUCGCCCGGUGGGCAGUGCAGAGGGUGAUUCUGGGUGGUGUGGGAGUUGGUUAG